AUGUCUCGAACAAGUCGCAUCGCUGGAUGUCUGCCCCAUGCGGAGGGGACUGGGAACACCAUCCUCGACGGCACCGAGGGGAGGAUCAAUGGCAUCACGAAGCACGCCGAAAUCGAGUGGGCGCCGCUGCUGACGAGGCUCGUGGAGGAGAGGAUCAAGGUGACGAUACAUACGCCUGGCCAGAUGGCUGAGCGCACGUUACAGCACGUGAUUGAGCAGACGGACUUCGCCCUGAGCAGGAUCCACGAAACCGUGUCCAGCGGAGCCCAGGGUCUCGUCCGCUCGCGUGCCAGCGGCGGCACCUGGGCCCACUCCACGGACAGGCACAUGGACCUCAUGAACGAUUACGACCUGCUCUUGUCGGGCAUGAAGGAGGCCCUGGCGGGCGAGGUGGAGCAGCUGCGGAAGGGCCAGGAGAAGGCGAGGACGAUCCUGGCUGGGCUCGUGACAGAGGUGGCGCAGCUCAAGGACACCCUGCAGAGCGGGGAGCUGGCGCCCAUCCAGGCGCUGGCCAGGCACGCGGACGUCAUCCUUUCCAACAUCCAGGGCAUGGCCGAAGAGGCGUGGGGGUCCUUCACGGACGAAGCCCUCGCAGAGCCCGAGGAGGAGCUGAUCCGCGUGCCGCGGCUGCGGGCCAGCGCCUUUGUGGUCCUCAAGGAAAUCGACAGGGCCCAGGAGAUGUUCAGCAAGCUGGGCAGGUUGCUCGGCGCCCGCAUCUCGAAGCGCUACGAGCUGAGUGACUUGCAGGACGACGCGACCACCGCGUCCGCCACGCUCUCGCUGGCACGCCAGCUGCUUCAGCCAGUGGCAGACGGCAGCGCGGAGGAGUGGGACCUGACGAGCAGCAUCGAUGACUUCGUGCAGUCGACCGCGGGACUGGACAGCAUCUAUAGGAAGGUGCAGGAACGCCUGAUGUACAGGAACACCAGCUCAGCCGACACCGAGCUCGAGCUGCUGCUCGCGUCCACGGACGGCUACUUCCACAGAGCCAUACGCGAGGACGUGCACCGGGCCGUGCUUCCCCUCUUCGAACAGGCGACGGAGGCCGUGGGGGUUCUGGAGGCAACCUGCGAGCUGCUAGACGACCUCCUGCGGGUGCGGGUGCCAGAGGCGAUGCGGACGAUCGAGGGCAUACAGGACAGCAUUUGGCCAGUGCUGGAGGCCGUGAACAACUUCAGGACUUGCGGCGCGGCCGCGGAGAGCGGGGACGCCCCGGCAACCAGAGCCCCGAGCAGGUUGUCGCUCGGCCUGCGAUCGUCGCGCGGCAGCGCGGACUACCCUGACCCGGUGGUGGAGGACGAGACGCCGGCCACGGGCGAGGGCGUCGAUGUCUGGCGGGCGCGUUUCCUGAAGGUGCAGGAGGCGAUGGACGAGCUGAUGAACAGCAACAUCCUGGUCGGCAUCGAGCAACUUCAGGGCCUUUGCAGCGGUGGCAUCGACAGCAUGUUCAGCAAAAUGGCCAAGCCCCGGCUGGAGAGAGCGCUCGAUGGGCUGAUGAUCGAGAAGGGGGCCGAGUACGGAGAGUCCCGCAGUGACUGGUGGCAGGCGCUCGAUGCGGCGGACGAGUUUAGCGAUGGCGCGCCCCCCAUGUCGGGGGAGGAGUUCCUCGACGGCGCGACGGACUACGACAGCGACGAGGACUUGAACGACUCCUUUCACGGGAGCACCACGCAGACACGGCGGGGCGGGAGCAGCCCAGCGAGCUCGCGUGGCCAUUUCAUCCAGAUGGGCUCGCCGGAGCGCCAGCCGGCGUGCCCAAACAACCACCUGCUGAAGAGGGCCCUGUGCGAGGGUGGGUACGUCUGCGACAUCUGUCAGCGCUCCCUGGACCGCGACGAGCCAAUUCUCCAUUGCCAGGAGUGCAAUUGGGGCACGUGCGGCCAGUGCAUGCAGGCGGCCGGCAUCGGCUGGAACGCCGCACCGCCCAUGUACGAGGGCGCCCCACCGUCGAGCGCUGGAUUCCGCUCCGCCGCUGGCAGGAGGCGCGAGCGCACCGGCGAGGGCGCGCAGAAGCUGCGGCGGCGCAGCCGCAGCCCGCCCGAGGGGCCCUCGCCCAGGGGCAUCGUGGUGGGGAUGCAGGGCCUCCAGUCGAGGCCCGCCACGGCGGAUGGCUUGCUCGGGGUCGACGAGUCGCCCACCCAGGACGUCGGGUUGCUCGCGAGGGCUGGCCUCCGCCUCGGCUUCAUGCAGGAGGCCUCGCCCCGCCAGGAGCCCCGCGACCCCCGCAGCAUCCCGCCCGCCAGCCCCGUGGAGGAGCCGGAGGAGCCGAGCCGCCCGCCGACGCCGACGAGCCCAGACCCGCCCCGUGACGAGGACGAGGUCGAGGACGAGACGCGGGCCUACCCCAUGGAGUACACUGGCCCAGCGCAUCCCUAUGUCGAGAACCAGAACAAGGGCUUCUUCCAGGGCAUGGGCCUGGCGGCGGGCGCGGGUAGGCCCCAGGAGCCCUCCUUCCGCGCCCAGCGCGUAGCACCGCGGCCGAACAGGAUAGCGGAGACUUUGGAUACCAGCGCUGCCUUAAGCCAAAGCGCCGACAUGGGCAUGGGCCCCAUGCCCAUGGCCAUGGACACUGGCAUGGGCCCUGUGCACCUGGGCGACGGCGUCCCCGAGGUCGAGGAGGAGACGCGCGCGGAGUCCAUCGGCGGGCGCUGGCUGGGCAGGGCAAUGACGUCGUUGACCGCGUCCAGAGCCCAACGCAGCCCCCGCGACGAGGUCCCGGCGGCGCCGAGGCCCUCGCCGCGGCCCUCGCCGCGGCCCUCGCCGCGGCGGAGCCCCCGGAGCGACGACGCCGCCCUCGCCGCGGCCGCGCUGCCGGGCGACGAGGAGGCGAGCCUGCCGCACGUGCACUUCACGCCUCCGCCGAGGCCCCUGGGCCAGGGCGACGAGGCCAAGCCGUCGAAGCCCCGGCGGCGGAUGUUCGGCUUCAGCCGGCCGCCGCGGGACGGGGUGGGCCAGCUGACGCCGGAGGGCGCAGGCACCAACGAGGAGGACGCCAGGGCGGUGGAGCCCCCAGUGGCCCCGCUGGUCGUCGGGAUGGCCAGCCGCCUCGCCGCGCUGAGGGAGGAGGAGCCGGAGGCCUACCCUGGCUCCGCGAGGCUGCGGGCGCUCACGCCCGAGGGGGCCCGCCGCGCCUCGCCCGACCUCGACGCCUUCGACCGGGACAUGCCCGAGCGGGAGGUGCCGAGCAGCUCCGGCGGCAGGCGAAGCGCCCGCUCCAUCGGGGCCAUGUCGAUCUGA